UGAGUCUCGGUAAACAAAAGCAAAGCAAAAAGCCUUCACACCCUAUUCUUGUUUUCCCAUUCUCUUCAAAACCACUUCUCUCUCCGUGGCUCUCUCGUAAUUCUCAUUCAUUUCGAUCCCAUUCUUAUAAAUCUCCUCCGAUUUCCGGCGAUCCAUUCUCUCCGGUGGCUUUUCCGUUCUAUUCUCCGACCGCCGUACACUGUUAGGGUUUAUUUUUUUCACUCCCUCCGAGAUUUUCGCACUUAGGGUUUUUGAUUUUUUUUUGAUUCGAGUGCUCGCUUUUUUGCUGAGAAGCUUCGCGAUUAGCGUUCUGAUAUCGGGGGUUUCAAUUUUUGAGUAUCGAUUUCGAGGCUAGGGUUUCGAUUUUUCGAUCUGGGCACUCAAUUUUUGUUCGUGGAUUUGCAAGUUAGGGUUUCGGUUUGGGGUUGGUUCGGGAAUCUGCUACUAGGGUUUUUGAGUGUAUUUCAGUGAUGCCGAGAGGUUCAAGGCACAAAUCUAGCAAACACAGCUCGAGGGAAGCGAGGGAGUACUCGGACUCGGAGAAAGAUUUGAGCACGAAGGAUCGGAAGGGAGGCAAGGAGGAGAGUGGCGCUGGAGCUAGGGUUUCAAAGGAAUCUGCUUCGAGCGAAAAACGGAAGCUUGAUUCUGUGAAGGAUUCCAAGGACUUGUACGCUUCUGGAAAUGGCGAGUAUGCCGAAGAGCAUGGCUCGUUGAAGCGGCGAAAGGAGCGUGGCGAUGAAGUAGUAACCGAUCGGUGGAAUGGCGGGGAUGAUGAUCGGAUUGAGGUGUCAAAGAAGUCCAAGGAGUCGAAGGAAUCAAAGGAGUUGAGGGAGUCUAGGGAGUUGAAGGAAUUGAAGGCUUCCGGUGAAUCGAAGAGUAGUAGCAGCAGUAGGAGGAGAGAGGAGGGUUUGGGAGUGUAUGGUGAGGCUGAGGAGGCAAAGAGGAGCAGUGGGAAGCAUCGGGAUUCAGGUCGAAAGGAGAGUAGAGAAGCUGAAAGGGAGAAGAAGACUAAAGAAGGGAAAAGUGAGAGAGUGGUCAUUGAUAAUGACGAACAGCGCGAGACGAAGAAGGCCCUUGAAAUUACUGAUUUGAAUGCACAGGAUGAGUUGCAAACUCCUGAACCAGAAAACCAGCUUGAGAGGCGAACGAGGAAAAAAAGAGACGGUUCUGGUGAUUGGGAAAAGCAUCAAGAUGAUGUUGGGGAUAUUAAUGAUAGACGAUUAUCGUCUAGGGAUGAUGUUGGCAAGGAUGGACGACAAAAGGAUGAAAAGCGCAAGGAUGAUAGAUCAAGAGACAAGUAUCGAGAAGACAUGGAAAAGGACAACAAGCAUCGUGAUGACAAGCAAAGUGAUGAGCGCCCUGCAAAAGAUCAUGCUAGCAUUAGGUCUGAUGAUAAGCGUGCAAAGGAUGAAAAGGAUGCUGUAGAAAUACGACAGAAGAGAACCAAACUUCAGGAUAGUGACCGCGAUCGAGAGCGCGAUCGGGAACGUGAUCGUGAUCGUGAUCGUGAUCGUGAGCGGGAAAGGGAACGGGAACGGGAAAGGGAACGAGAUCGUGAUAUAGAGGCUAGUCGGGAUCGCGAUCGGUAUCAUGACCGUGACCGUGACCGUGAACGUGAUGGGGACCGUGGGCAUGAACGCAGCCGUGAUCGUGACCGUGACAGUGAUCGUGACCGUGAUUAUGAUCGGGAUCAUGACCGUGACCGUGAUUAUGAUCGGGAUUAUGACCGUGAUCGAGAUCGUGAUCAUGACCGUAGUCGAGACCGCGUUCGUGAUCGUGACCGUGGGCGUGAUCAUGACCGUGAAUAUGAUCGUGACCGAGAAUAUGAGCGUGAUCGAGACCAAGACCGUGACCAUGACCGCCAUCGUGAUGGCGAUGGAUAUGAUGAGCGAAGUGCUAGGUACAAAGAUGGCAGGGGAAAGAAAAGAUCCCCGGAUGAUCGUGAUGAUCCUAAUGAUAAUAAAACUAGAGUUGUCAAAUCUCACUAUCCUGAUGUGGAGAAGAAAUCUGUGACUGGCAGUAAAGUUGAAUCUGAUGCUGAUAGGGGAAGAUCUCAGUCUCGCCAAGCUCAUGUGGACGCUACUAUUGGUAGCAACAGACGGAGAAAUUCUCCCAGCUCCAGUUCACAUGUUGGCGUAGAUGAAUACAGGCAUUUAAAUCCUGAAGAUUUGAAGUACAGGGAUAAUAAGUCCGAACAGAGGCCCAAGACAAUUUCUUCGAGAGAAGUAAGUGCUUUCUCUGGAGUGUCAGAAAGAGGUGCAAAGUACAGAACCAUGGAGAAAGCUGUCAAAAUGGAUGAUGGCCAUUUAGGGGAGCUGCCAACUGAAAGGUCUUCAAGUUCCAAGGCUUCACCCAAGGGCUUGAUGGAAAGAUCUCCUUCAUCUACAAGUAUUGACCGUAGGUAUAUAAAUAGAACCAGUGUUAGGCGGAGUCUUGAUAUUGAAGAUACAGGACGCAGGAGCAGUGCUUCCAUUGAUGCUAGAGAUUUCUCUACUACUGAGGACAGGCUGUAUAGGGACUUGCCACCAGAAAAGACCCCAUUGGAUGACUCCUCUCAGGCAGAUUCAUCUUAUUAUAAUAGAACUAGUCAGAGUAAUGCAUCUUCUUUGAUUCCUCCAUCACCUGCUUUCAGAGCUGGUGUCGACAGCCCUUCAUUUGCUGGUUCCUUGGAAGAAGAUGGUAGAGUUAACUCCACUCCCCGUUAUAAGAGGGGUAGUGAUCCUAGUGUAGUAAGAGGACAUGGAAAUGCUUGGAGGGGUGUCCAUGGUUGGUCUUCAUCGGUACCAAAUGGCUUCAUUCCUUACCAACAUGGACCUCCUCAUGGGGGUUUUCAGGCAAUGAUACCACAGUUUCCAUCUCAACCUAUGUUUGGUGUUAGACCUGCUGAUAUUAAUCACUCUGGGAUUCAUUAUCACAUGCCUGAAGCCGACAGGUUUUCUGGUCACUUGCGUCCAGUUGGCUGGCAGAAUAUGUUGGAUGGUUCAGGCCCUCCUCACUUGCAUGCAUGGGAUGGAAGUAAUGGCUCAGGCCCUCCUCACAUGUAUGGGGGGGCUGAAUGGGACCAGAAGAGGCAUCCGAUGAAUGGUCGGGGUUGGGACUCAAAUGCUGACAUGUGGAAAGGACCAGAUAAUGAGAUGAAGAGGGACUUGCCUUCCCCGUCCCUCAAAGAUGAUUAUCCAGUGCAGGUCCCAGUAGAUGAUGCUUUGGCUGGGAAUGCAGGUCAGAGGUCUCAACAUGAAGAAAACAAUGAGGUUCAGGCAAAAACCACCGAAAUAAGCUCCAUUGCCACUUCUCCAGCAAAAGAAGCUAUUGAUUCUCUACCUAAACCUGCCCAUGAAAAGGCACCUGAUCCUUCCAAAUUAUCAAGGGAUGAUGCUUCUUAUUUCAGCCGCAUAUAUCUUUCUAAGCUAGAUAUUUCAGCUGAACUUGCACGUCCAGAGUUGUACAAUCAGUGUAUAAGCUUGUUGGAUAUUGAACAAAGUGCUUCUGUUGAUGAAGACAGCACUAUGGAUGUAUUUUUGGAGGAUGAAGGAAGAGCUGGUCUGAAAUUUUCCAAUAACUUAUCGAGCCAUUCACUUUUUCCUGCCAUAAAGGAUUCUGUUCUUAAGAGAGCUAUGGACCUCUACAAGAAGCAGAGGGUGAAAAUAGUAAGAUUGUCAUCUCUUAGUGGGGGAACAUUUGACAUGAAAUCAGCUUCCAACCAGGUGAAAGUGGAGGAGCAAGUCCCCAUCUGUGGUGUGGAGAAAGUGGAAGAGCAAGUCCCCAUCUGUGGUGUGGAGAAAGUACUGGAGCCAGUCCUGACUUUGGAUGCAGAAAUGCCAUGUUCGCCUAUGUCAACUUUAGAUCAGAAUAAAGUGGAAGCUAUUUCAUCCAGAGACAUACAAGAAGAUACAGAGGAGCCCAUUUCAUCCCCAAUUCAGGAGGUGCAGAAUCACAUCUUUACCCCUUCUCCGAAGAUGGAAGUAGUGGUUCAAUUUUAUGGUGGUGAGACCCCAGGGGAGAGAGAGCCAGUUUCCAGUUUGGAGGAAAAGAAUGGAAUGGCUUCUGAACAGGUGAAUUUGGAGGUUGCAGAUGGGGAUGCAGGUGAUAAUGAAUCACAGACGACUACCACUCUGCCGAUGGAUGGCGAUGGCGAUGGUGAGAAGAUCAACAACAUGCUUGGAGAAACUAAUGGCAAUAACUCUGGCUAUUGUGGAGAGGAAAGGUUUUCUGAUGAUGCAAUAAAUGGUCCUAAAUUAUUUCCAGGUGGUUCUCCUAGGGCUUGUGAGGGUUUGUUGCCUGGGCCAAAUGAGUCUGAGUCGGUAAUUUUUAGUCGGAUACAUCAUUCUCCUGAAAGUACACAUUGAGACAAUUUCUAUAAACUUUGUUUCGUUUUUAUUGCAUUUUUUGGUUUUUUUAGUUAAUUUUGCUAUUUCAUA